UUUACAAGUACCUCCUCUCCACCUUCCUAGUAAUCAAUUUUUUUUUAGCUUAUUAAGCUUUUUCUGUCUUAUGAAGUUUUUAACUUUGGUCCCCAAUCCACCACCCUUCCCCUCUUUUACCAUUUGACAAGUAUUUGUGAUUCCAAACCACCACAUCAGCUUUGAUCUUCAAUCAAUCAUGGUCUGUUACAUAAGCAAACGUAAAACUCGCAUGUUACAUAAGCAAAAGCAAGACUUGAGAUCUUACUGUGUCAAGCCCUCUUUCCCCCCCUUCCCUCUUUUAUUAUUUGACAAGUCCGCUUUUAGUGAUCCCAAAUCACCACAUCAACUUUGAUCUCCCGACCAAUUAUUAUUGGUUACAUGGGAAAAAAUGAGACUCGGUAUCUCUAUUAGGACUCACUAUCUCAAGAAGGUAAAAAAAUAAAAUCUCAAACUCCACUUCUUUUUUUUUUCUUUUUUAAUUUUUUAGUCGAUCGAGACCAAACUAACAUGACAGUCACAUACCACCGAAUAUAUUUUUUUCCAUUUCACACUGACUUCUUAAAGCAAAUCUAGCAGCAAUACUCCCUCUCCCUCUCUCCCUCUAAAAAGAGAUUCCUUACAUGUCCCACACCCUCUGCCUUUUAAAUAUUCCCUCCACAAGUACAAAUGAAUGCAAUGUAUAGAUUCUCCAUUCGCUCUCUCCACCCUCAAACAACUCUGAUUGCUUCUCCAUUUUUCCUCCAAUUCUUCACUCAUGAUUCCAGAGUUACAGAAACCUCGAGUCACCGAGAUACAAGUCCGGAUGGACUGCAACGGGUGUGUGCAGAAGAUUAAGAAGGCUCUACAUGGCAUUAAUGGUAUUUAUGAUCAUUACAUCGACUUCCCUCAACAAAAGUUGACAAUCAUCGGGUGGGCAGAUCCUGAAAAAAUAAUCAAAGCCAUUAAGAAGACAAGAAAAAUAGCCAUUAUUUGUUCCCAUUCAGAACAACCCGACCCACCUGCUCAGCCAACAGAGACAUCACCGGGUCAGCCAACAGAACAAGCACCAGCCCCUGACAUGGCAAAUCCACCACCACCUGAAGGAGCCCCACCAGCAGAGCCGCCAAAAGACCCACCACCUCCACCGCCAGAAAAUCCACCACCGGGUGCACCACCACCAACUACCGCUAACGACCCUGCAAGCCAGCCUCCACAACCAUCCAGACCAAAAGAUGCAGAAGAGGUUCAUGUAAUAUACCACCACCCACCUGUCUGUGACUACAGAUACGGGUAUGGUCACGGUUAUGGCCAUAGCUAUGGUAACAACUACGGUGGACAAUGGAACAAUUACCCAAAUAGCCCUCAAUAUCGACAUGAGCCAUCCCCACCUGUCUAUGCGACCCGCAGCGACAACACGUACACUCCAUUGCCUUAUGUCACGCACAGCUACAACACAUACAAGCCAUCGCCUUAUGUCACUGAAUAUGAAUAUAGCAACAGGUCACCGCCACGAUACAUGCAUUACAGUAGUAGACCGGAGCGCUACAGUGACGACUAUAACAGCAGCAACAAUGGCAAUGGAAAUGGAAAUAUCACUUCAAUGUUCAGCGAUGAAAAUCCAAAUGCUUGUAGAAUAGUCUAGAAGGAACGAAGAGGACAGUAUGGAAAAAGUGCAGUGUUUUGUCACUAAGAAUUGGCCUCGAAUGUUGAUGCAGAAUAAGAAGUGAAAUUAUAUCUUCGUUGGCAAUAAUAUUUUCAAAUGUAUGUGAGAAUGGAGAAUGAGGAAUCAGAUUCUAAGCUUGUAAGUGUAGGAAGAAUUUAUCCUACAUUCCACUUAUGAGAGGAGCGAUACAAUUACGUGAUGUUCAUUUCUUGUAAAAGAAUCCUAUAAAGCUAUUUUAUUCUACAAACACAUUCCUCA